UGUUUCCGAGUGGGAGAGUACCUUAAGAGUUAAGGGUAUUUAUGAAAACCUAAAAAAAAACCCAAAACUUAUAUAUAGUUUGUUAAACACGAAACCCUAAUAAAAAACACAUCACUCUUUUUUUUACCUCCUCUGCUUUAACAGCAACAUCAGUCGUUCAACCCUAGCAACACUAGCUAAAAUCAUGGCUUUGGCUGCAAUGAAACCUAUGAAAAUUGGUUUAGAGGAAUAUCAUGAUCAAGUUCACCGUGUUAGGAUUACUCUUUCUUCAAAGAAUGUCAAAAACCUUGAGAAAGUGUGUGCUGAUUUAAUCCGUGGUGCUAAGGAUAAAAGCUUGAAAAUCAAAGGACCUGUGAGGAUACCAACCAAAGUUCUCCGAAUUACCACUAGAAAAGCUCCAUGUGGUGAAGGAACAAACACUUGGGAUAGGUUUGAGCUCCGUAUUCAUAAACGAGUGAUUGAUCUUUUCAGCUCAACUGAUGUGGUGAAACAGAUAACUUCCAUUACCAUUGAACCUGGCGUGGAGGUUGAGGUUACACUUGCAAGCUAAAGGAUCUGUUUUUUAUUAAUGAUUUUCUUAUGAAUUGCAGAAUGAAGUCUAGAAAUUCUGGUUCUUGCAAUGGUUUUUUGUUUCUUUUUGGAACAAGUUUGAUUAGCUACAUUGGAUUUCAAUUUCCUAUAUUUAAUUGUUCUCUUCGAUGAACUAUUUGGUGAAUCUUGAAGGGUUUUUUUUUCCUUUCAAAUUAUGCCAUAUUUCUGUUGAUUUUUAUCAGCUUUGUUUAUCAUGAUGGAUGGGAUUUUGACAGAAAUUUUAAGGGUGCGUGGGAUGUAUUUAUAUUUA